UUCUUAGAUUUACUAGGAGUACAGUGCACUGUACUGUCACAUAAUGUACAUCCGGGAACAAACUGAUAGAAUUAUCACGUGAUCUUAUGAACAAAUGGCGCUACAAGACUCUCUUGUUCGUCUCCAAGCUGUAGUCCGCGGCCAUUCGGUUCGAUGUAAACUAAACGACGCCAAAACGAAGUUCCUUGACAUCGUUCACGAAAUAGAAGGGGAGACUUCUCACAUAUCCUGGAACGGCAAUGGAGUAUUGACCACACCCACGUUCUCAGUCAAUGACAACGGGAGGCGGCUCGAGCCAGCCAAUCAACACAAGGCAUGCACUACAUUGACCAAUCAACUGCCUGAGAAUUCUGAAACAGGCGGAAGUCGCAGUCGGAGAUCCUCAGGAUUGAGUAAUGAUACAAAUAGUCUAAUAGAAUACUCUGAAAAAGGAAAGGACGAAUCAGACAGAGCAAGCGUUCGUAGUGUGAUGUGUGGAACGGACGACAGAGACUUCAAUGUGAAUACAUUGACAGAAACGUUGACUUUGAAGCAUGUGGAUGUCGAGGAUGUCGGAUGCCAGACAUCGCUAUCAGACGAUGACUUAGUAUUAGAGAGUGGAGAGACACAACGUGAUAGCAUCGUGACAAAGUGUGCAGAAACGGAACUUCCUGACAGAUGUUUUGAUAUUAAUCGGUCAUUUUCUGGAGACUCUGAGACGGUGGCCGAAAACGUAGCCAGUCCUGUAAAGGCUAUAGCCGAGUCGUCAUCGCCAUUGCAACAAACUUCAGCUCCAGUGGAAAGUCGUCAUCCUCCUGUUGUCCAUUUACCUUCAGCAGACAGUCAGAAACCUCGCAAUUUACACGCUUGGCGUAGAGAUACAGAAUCAGAGCGUUGUCGGAGUGAUACGAAAGUGGAACAGUUAGACGAUUCUUCUGUCUUCAAUGUCACUUCGCUGUCAUCAACAUGGCCAUCUAUCGAUUCAGAUGACAUUGAUCUGACUGAAGACAGGGCAACGCUAGUGAAGCAACGCGAGGAGCUGGCUCUUGAGUUGGUCUGGAUUAGGCAAGCCAUCGAGAGCCGCAAACAGGUACAUGUAUCAUCAGACUUUCAGUCGACUCUCGGCAGAAGCCAAGAGAAGACUUUGGUGAUGUUCUCACCGUUGUUUCGUCUUCUCCACCCCUGAGGCACACGAUGGCUGAUCGAAUCAGAGCAAACCUCAGCUGGCAAUUGAUCUAACACAUUGUUAGACUGUAUGCCAUGUCAUGCUUCUCAGAGAUGAGUGACGAAAGUCUGUUCAGGAAUGUUGAAGUUAGUUUGUUGGUCACUACCAGUGCAUGAAAAUAUCACGGGUGGAAAAGUGCAUGCUCAACUUUAUUACCGUAUUUUUGCAAGUAGUGUCCCGUACUCAAAUAAUACCUCAUGGUGACCCUAUACAAAAUAAUAAUGCCCCAUGUUCGAUUAGUACCCCACUGGGGUAAUUAAAACCCAGUUAAAUGCAUGUGCGUCUAGUAAUGUGUACGUUUGAGAUGAAAUGAACACCCAGAUGGAAUCACUGACUGAUGAUGAAGAUUCAACUCAUGCAACAGACCAGGAAUAUGACUCAAGUGAAGCGAAAGUAUCCAUGAUACAUACCAGUAAGACUGCAAGAUUAACUUAGGUAGUUUGUACGUGUUGUUUGUGUAGUGUGAUGCAUUUGUUGCACACAAACAAUGCAACAGGCUUUGUGCUUGCAAAAGGCACCAAAUAAUGCCCCAUGUUUCACAACUAUAAAAAAUAGUGCCACAUGGGGCACUAAUUGCGGAAAUACGGUACUACCUGAUUUGUAUUUCUGUUUCUUCCUCCUGUUUUUUGAAAUCAACCAUGCUAA